GAUUGGCCGGCCCCGUCUCGACCAAUCCGGACGCGACUCUCAUUAACACUCGGACCGGGGCGUCGGUGUUGUCACAUCGCCGCCGCCGCCACACAGUCAGUCGGCACCGAGCGCGCUAACCGUUCUCGUUUUCGUCGUUGUCAUCGUCGUCGUCGUCGUCGUCGCUUCGUCGUCGUUUCCGUUUCGUCGUACACUCGUAUUCUCACCGUGUCGUUCUCGCGUUAUUAAUAUUGUAUAUUUUUUUUUAAAAGUGCGAUUUUUCUCGUCCCCGUUCACGGUGUAUGUGUACACACCCACACACACACAUCGCAAACGCCUUUUACCUUUGUCAGAAGUAAUCGUAACAGUAACCUAACCUCGCGUUUCCGAAUUAUUUAUUUCUAUUAAUUUUAACACCUCGUUCGAUUUUCUUCCACAAAGUGUCCAACUGUCUUUCACGUGCGCAAGUGCGCGUUUGUGAUCAUCUACACCGUCGUUCAACGCACAUAUAUAUAUAUUUAAAUAUAUUUAUUUAAAAUACAUAUAUAUUUAUAUAUUCAAUAAAACAUAACGUUGGAUUCGGUUUUCUUUCAACUCACGAGCCGUUAAUCUCCUGCAGCAGAAAACAUUUGUGAAUGCUCGAGCAGAAGUCUGGUCCACCGUAGUGGCCGGGGCAAACGGUAGCGGCGCGGACGGCGUGGCUGUUAUGCGGUUCGAACAAGCGGACCUUAGGUGCCGGUCACCCCGUGGGGCACCGGACACCCCGCAAACCGCGGCCGCGAUGACCGGUGGCCAACGUUCCCCCGACACAUCGUACACGGCGGCCCGGGCGUCGUCCACCGACUUCUCGGUCAGCUCGUUGCUGACCAACAACAACAACAGCAGCAGUAGUAGCGGCGGUGGCGCGCCGCCAUCCGCGGUGCAACAACAAGCCGGCGGCCAGCAGCAGCAGUACCCGCCGCCGCCGCCACCGCCACCGGGUCUGUCGGCCGCUGCGGCCGCGGCUUACGCCAUGGGCGCUUGUUACCCGGGCACCAUGAUACCCAUGCCCAAGAUGCACCACGCGCCCCAUCAUCCCGGCGCCGCGGGCUAUCCAACCGAAGAGAUGCUCGCGCUGGCCGCGGCCGUCGCGCACGGCGUCCACCACCCGCACCCGGCGGCUUCGCUGCCACGUUCCGUGGUCAGGCCCGAGGACGACGGCGUGGUCGACGAUCCUAAGGUCACCUUGGAGGGCAAGGAUCUGUGGGAAAAGUUUCACAAGCUCGGCACCGAAAUGGUCAUCACCAAAUCCGGCAGGCAAAUGUUCCCGCAGAUGAGGUUGCGGGUGAACGGUCUGGACACAAAAACCAAGUACAUCUUACUGCUGGACAUUGUGGCGUCGGACGACUACCGGUAUAAGUUCCACAACAGCCGAUGGAUGGUAGCCGGAAAAGCGGAUCCGGAAAUGCCCAAACGAAUGUAUAUACAUCCAGACUCCCCGUCGACUGGCGAACAGUGGAUGCAGAAAGUCGUGUCGUUUCACAAACUAAAGCUCACCAACAACAUAUCUGACAAACACGGAUUUGGUUUAAAUCAGUUUUCGCUACAGACCGUAAACAGACCCAUCAACCGUUUCCACAGAUUUCCAGAGACCAUACUGAACUCGAUGCACAAGUACCAGCCCCGUUUCCAUCUAGUCAGAGCCAACGACAUCAUAAAGUUGCCGUACUCAACUUUCCGCACGUACGUGUUCAAAGAAACCGAGUUCAUCGCCGUUACCGCGUACCAAAACGAAAAGAUUACUCAGUUGAAAAUCGACAACAAUCCGUUCGCCAAAGGGUUCCGAGACACCGGCGCCGGAAAACGAGAAAAAAAAUGUGUACAACGUAAUGGUGUUUUCAGGCAAGCAAUGUUGACGGCGCAACGUCACGGCGGCGGUCAAACGGUCCAGAACCAGGACGAUAAGCCUUCGGGUUCCGAUCACGAGGAUGAUAAGCCCUUGGACGUGGUCGGCGGUGGAGACCCCGACUCGCCAAUAUCCGCUCACCACCACCAUCAACCGCACCAACCUGGUUCGUGGUUUUCGGGAUUGGCCGAUGGUAGCUUGCUCCUGGAAGACGCAAUGCGGAGACGACUAGCCGGUCAUCCAGUACUUCACCACGCGGCGUUCCUCCAACACCACCACCAGCAAGCGCACCAGCAGGAAAUCGAUAGUGAACAAGAUAGCAGUUGUUCCGAGUCAGGUCGAGACAGGAUGAACUCACCGUCUGAUAAAGAGUCUGCAGGACCUUCCGGACCCGGACACAGCCCCAGCGAUUACCCGUCGCCAAACGUAUCGUUCGGACCGCCGAUCCCGCCGUCGCCGCACUUGUUACCGUACCUGUACCCCGGUAUGUACCCGGGCGGCUCGGGACUGGGCGGGCCGCUGUGCCCGUCCGCGCUCAGCCCCACCACCAACCUACUGUUCAACGCUCAGCUGGCGCUGGCCGCUCACCACCCGGGCUCGCUGUUCACGCAGGCGUACCUGCAGGGCGCCGCGGCCGGCGGCAGCAUCGGCGGCGCCGGCGUCCCGGGCGGCCACCAGUUCAAGAUGACAACCGGCGGCCUGGCCGCGGCCGCCGCGGCCGGCCUGGGCCGGUUUCACCCGUACCAUCUGGGGCUGCACCAUCCGCACCAUCCGUCGUCCGUCGGUUCGGCGUUCGAGACGGUCACGCCGGGCCGGUGCUCGUCGGCCGGCAGCACGCCGCCACCUGCGCCCCUUGACCUUCAGUCGCCCACCAACGGCAGCCGGCAACAGACGUCGCCUCCGACGCAGCAACCGGCCCUGUCCGGCCAACCGCAGCAGCAGCAGCAGCAGCCUCCGCCGCGACAGUCGUCUCUGUCGCCGUCCCAACGGCACCAUCGGGUGGCUGCAGCCAGCAGCGAGCUCAAGUCCAUCGAGAAAAUGGUCAACGGGCUGGACUCGGUUUCGACCACCGCGGCGGUCGCGGCCGCAGCCGAUGAACAAGUAACUGCGGCGGGCAAAUAGAGACCCUCGUGCGCCUCUACAGCGUCCCGUGGCCCUAUCGACCACUCUACACCCAUCCGCCCACGCAUACGUAUACACGCACGUGCGUCCAAUACGGUAUGUUGUCGUAGAUGGUAAUUUACAUAUAUACAGACAUAUUAUAUAAAUAUAAAUCAAUAUGUUAUAUAAAUAUAUAUAUAUAUAUAGAUAAA